AGCCAUCGACAGGUUCUCGAUCGCACCAAGCAGGAGCGAGGAGGGAGACACCCAGACACACUGACGAGCAUGAACAACCUAGCGCUGGUGCUGAACGAUCUGGGAAAGCAUGCCGAAGCAGAGCGCCUGCACAGAGAGACGCUCAUACUGAGGGAGCAAGUGCUGGGAGGAGAGCACGUGUCCACGCUGGCGAGCAGGAACAAUCUCGCACUCGCACUGAGUGGUCAAAAGAAGUACGCAGAGGCCGAGCAGAUGCACAGGGACACGCUAGACCGAAGAGUGGCGGCGUUUGGCAGAGAACAUCUGGCGACCUUGAUAAGCUUGCACAACCUAGCGCAGGCACUGAGCCGUCAAGGGGGAUAUGGCGAAGCUUUACCACUCUACAAGCAAUCGUGCACCGCUUUCUGCGCCAUACUUGGGCUCGAUGACCCAAUCACGCAAGCGUGCGUU